UUGUUUUUUUGGCCUUCCCGAACCAUCAGACCUACCCCUCGAGCCAACAUACAGCCCACCUGAGUCAUCACAGCCGGAGGCGGCUGUGGAAAUGGGGAAGGAUGGGACGGCGUGGACGGUGCUUCCGCUGACUGACCGUGCAGGGAGAAAGCAGAGCCAAAACGUCCUGACAGAAGCUGCUGGCCCCACAGCGCACGCAAAACGCAACAUUGAAGAUGCGCUCACAGCCUUUGUGUGUCUCUUCGAUAAUGGCAUGCUGAAGCACAUCAGGGACUGCACUGUGGCUGAGGCCCAUCGGCACCUUGGUGACAGUUCCUGGGACAUGACAGUGGCUGAACUAAAGGCAUUUAUAGCCCUACUGUAUGUCCGCGGGGCACAGGGUGCAAAACACAUCAAUGUGGACAGUUUGUGGUCAGAAAAAUGGGGCUUGCCCUUUUUUACAGAAACAAUGGCCAGAAACAGAUUUAGAGAGCUCAUGAAAUUCCUGCGGUUCGAUAAAAAAGAAACCAGACGCAUUCAUCUGCAGGAUGACAAGUUUGCCCUGGUGUCAGCAACCUGGAACAAGUUUGUGGCAAACAGCAUAGCUUGUUACAAGCCUGGUGCUGACAUUACCAUUGAUGAGCAGCUGUUCCCCACCAAGGCCCGGUGCAAAUUCAUUCAGUACAUGGGGAACAAGCCUGAUAAAUUCGGCAUAAAAUUUUGGCUGGCUGCGGAUGUGCAAUCCAAAUAUAUGCUGAAUGGGGCUCCGUAUCUUGGUAAAGAGGAGACGCGGAGCAAAGGUCAGCUUGUGGGAGAGAGUGUGGUGCUGAAACUGGCGGAGCCGUUUCUGGGGAAGGGAAGAAACAUUACGACUGAUAAUUUCUUCACCUCACUAAAACUAGCCACUGCCUUACAGGCCAAAAAGACCAGCCUGGUUGGCACCCUGGGCAAAGCAAAACGCGAGUUGCCUCCCUCUGUAAAAGAGCAGGCAGAGCUGUUCAGCACAAAGGUGCUGAAAUGUGCUAAUGCGACAUUGACCAUUUACCAGGGAAAGCCGAGAAAAAAUGUCUGCAUUUUGAGCUCAGUGCACACAAGUGUAGGAAUAACAGAUGGACCGAAGGCAAAACCCGAGUCUGUGACCUAUUAUAAUAACACCAAAUACGGCGUAGAUGUGCUGGAUCAGAUGGCGAAGGCGUACUCCGUGAAAGGCGGUACACGAAGAUGGCCAGUGGCUGUAUUUUAUAACAUCCUCGACCUGGCUGGAAUAAAUGCACAUGUCCUAUACAAGGAGUGCACCGGCAGCAAGAUUUCAAGAAGGAAGUUUUUGCUGCAGUUGGCAGAGGAGCUGAGAGCAGAGUUCAUAGAGGGGAAAAGGGCAGCAGCGCACGGUGCCGGUCCGCAGCGACAGCCACCACCGCACCUGGCACAAAAACGCCGGCAGUGCCAGGUGAGGAGGAGCUGCAAUCAGAACAAGACACAAGACACCUGCAACACAUGCCGCAAACCCGUCUGUGGAAAUUGUGUCAAAAGACGAGCUGUCACCUGCGUCGACUGCGUUUGAAAGGC